AUGGCUGCUGGCGGCCGCGAGAAACAGAUCAUGUGCGAGCCGAUGUGGGGCACAUGGUCCAUGUCACGCUUCGUUCGUGCCAUGUCGAGUUUAAGUUCGCAAUACAUGUUGUCGACUGUGCACGUAUCGACGCUACUACCGCAACUAUGUGCGCCUCCACGAUCGGAGCCCAGCAAUGCGUCAUCAAAGCCACGCUCUGCUUUGACUAUGCUGAUCAAAUUGCCAUGUCUGCACACGUCAGGCGUCACGGCCAAUGCACCGUCCUUCGGCUCUGAUGCAGAUGCUCUUGCAGGCGCUAGUAGACACUUUUUCGAGCAUAUAUGUGAGACAGAAGUCCGCAGUUGGUCAUAG